ACAACAAAAACUUAAACCCAGAAAUUGUGGGUCACAAUGCAGAUUUUCAGGAUAUCUUGUUAAUUAUCCAAUAUAUGUGAAGUAAUAGACUCGUUUGCGUUAAUAUUAGGCCAAUUCUUGGCCGCAUUUGUGAAUUUGAGGUUAUAUUGUAAAGUUUACGAUCGUUGGUGUGAGUGCUUGAUUCAGAAAAAUGAACAAAACAAAGAUGAAGAGGAAACGCAAGGAAUUUUGUACUUCUCCCCUACUUGACGACAGUCCUAAAAGGACAAAGGUACAUGCUCAGAGAAAAUUUGCCCAGGGUUCGAAUGUGAACAGUCCAGUCAUAACGCCUAUCAAAGAACUAGAAAUAGAAAGACCUAUAGACAUAUUACCAGAACCAGAGGAAUUGUUACCAAUUAAAAGACCAAAUACUGAAGAUUUUCUCACAUUCCUAUGCUUUAGAGGUACACCCAUUCUUCCACCAACAUUAAAUUUCUUCAACACAGCUUCUAUUGUUGAUACAAAUGGACAAGUACACAAGAUUAAAAGUGAUAGUUCAAAAAAUGGACCUAUUGAUGCCCCAAUAUUAAAAUGUGGCAACUCAUCAGAAAAACCAUUCAUUGCUUUUGGAGUCAGAAAAAGAGCAGACCCAAUUGUCAUCAGUAAGCAAAUGGACCGAAAACGCAGACAUGCACUUACCAUACAAGCAUUACGAAGGGAAUAUCAGAAGCAAAAAAUGGCAAAAAUUAGAGCUUUAACUAUUAGUAAACUGUCAGAAAAAGUAACAAACAAAACACUGGUCCGGUCAAAUUCAGUGUCCAGGACAGAAACAGUAACAAAGAAGACAAACACAAUUCAACAACAAUCUAAGACUAGAAAUAUCAAAGUAAUAGCCACAAAACAUGUGAAAGUCACUACCAGGACACUGAAAACCCUUAGGCCAAAUGUGAAACAGAAAAUGUGCCUGAGGAGUUUCAGGGGUCGGUUUGUUCAAAGGGAGCUGCCCUUUAGGGGCAAAAAGAAAGUAAUUUUGGAGAGACCAGUCAACAAAAGUGUUCAAAGUAAAAAGCCUAUUAAAAAGGACGAAGAAGAAAAUGACUAUGUUACAGAUGAAGAAGUAGAAGAAGAGGAGGAGGAGGAAGAGGAAGAAAAAGAGGAAACUCCUGUGCCUGAGAAAAAGUCUAUCAGAAAAGUUGUGGUGAAAAAAGCAUCAAAGAAUGUGGGUUCUACUCCCAAAACAGCAAAUCCAUCAGGGUCUAGAAUAACGAGGUCGGGUUUAAUCGCGAAUAAUAAAAUUAAUUCCCGAAUACAACAGAUAAAAAAGAGAAUUUUAUUAAAAACUCCGUCGACCAGCAACGCAAUUGUAAAAAGACGUGCUUUGCGAUCGACCACAAUGAAAAAAACUGUAAUGUCUCAAAAGCAAAGUCAUACCUUGAAAAGAAAGCAACAGUUGAGAACGAAGCGACAACAAAGUCAAAACACGCCUGUGAAAGAUGAUAAAAAAUUAAUGUCCCCAGAGCCGAAGGCGGAAUCUGGUAAGAAGGUUGAAAUGACCAAAAAGGAAACGACAACUAAAAGAGAGUCUGAUUCUAAAAAAGAUAACAAACCAUUGGUAAAGAAGUCUGAAGCUAAGAGUGAACAAAAGCUACCAGGAAGAACUUUGAGAAGUCCGCCGCUACGGAAAGAAGCUGUAGUUAAAAAAGUAAUGAAAAAGGAUGAAACUGCUGAAACCAAAAAAGAAUCUUUAAAAGUGGGUCUCAGUACUGAGAAAAAAAUUGUGGAAACGAGAAAAGAAACUACCGGAAAGAAGUUGUUGGACUUGAAAGAAGAUAAAUCUAAACGAAAUGCAAAAGAAGUCAAACCCACCAAAAAUUUAAAAGUAGAAGUUGUUAAAGAUGUCGUGGAAAAAACCAAUGGAAAGGAAUGUAAAAAAGCCAAUAAUACAGAGACAAAAAAAUUAGAAGAAACUAAAAUAGAAGUUCAAAUAAAGCAAGAAAAAGUUGAAGCUAGGAAAUCAGAUGAAUCCCUUGCAGAUGUUUUCAUAGAAGCAAAUCAGGAAAAAAAAUCGAUGACCAUAAAAAAAGAACAGCAAGAUACAGAUGGAUCAAGAAAAAAUACAAGAAGCGUUAAAUCAAACAAGCAAGAUAGUGAUAACAAUAUACCAACCACAGAUGUCAACAAAAGUGAAAAUAAUGCACGAGUUGUAGGCGAGAAUAUAAAGGAAAAUGGAAGUGAAUUAUCAAACUUACAAUUAAAAUGCCCUCCAAAUAAAGUAGCAGAACUGAAAGUAUUUAUAAAAGAGGAAAUAAAUGAAGAUAUUAAAAAGAAAUCGUGUAUUGAACCCUUAACAGAAUCAGCCCCAAACAAAGAAACGCGAAACAUUGAAGUUACCGAAAAGACCGAUGAGAAAGAUAGUUCUGUUAAAUCAAAAGAUAUUAAACAAACGCGAAAACAAACUGAGAAUGCUGCAAAAAAGGACAUAAGCCAAGACAGCAAAAGAAAAAUCGUGAAAUCUGAAGAAUCAGUUGCACAAAAAAGUAUUAGACCUUCUAGAAAAACCAAAAUUGCUGCAGCAAUUUAUAUGGAAAUUUUAAGUCACAAACUUGUAAAUGAAAGCACAUUUGAUGAUGAUAAUGUGUCAAUAGAUAGUUUUCCCGAAUUACCAAAUGUUAAGAAAACGGAGCAACGUGAAAAUGAAUUGAAAGCAAAAGCCAAGACUUCAAAGGAAGAUGACGCUGAAAUAGAUGAUGAAAUUCCUGAAGCCAAAACUAAGAGUAAAGUAGGAAUUAAGAAAAGUACAGACCAGAAUGACAAGAAAUUGGAAGAAGAAAUAAAUGAAGAAGUUUCAGUCGAAAAUACGGACAAUAAAAAAGAUGAAGAUCAUGUCAAAAACGACAUGAUUUUAAAAAUAGUUGAAGAUGAAAUGAACGCAGUAAUGGGCGAUUCAAAGAAAGGUGUGAAAGCUAAUAAUAAAAUUGUUAAGGAUAAACCUAUUUCAUCAAAACAACAAACAAAAAAGUCAUCCUUUGGUAAAAGAAAAUCUGAUGUCUUGGACACAGAGUUAACUAGCGAAAAUGAAUCAUCUAAAAAUAAAAUCAGAAAAACUGACGAGUCCUCACUCCUUGAAGAGAUAGUGAAUAAUAGCAAAAAUGAUCUUGAUAAAAGACGAACACGAAACUCAUCACAUAACAAAAGCCAGGCUAGUGACGAUUCUGAUGAAUCAUUCCAUGCAGACGUCAAAAUUCCUAGAAGAAAAAAAUUGACCAGAAGCAAAACGACAAAAAUUCAGACAAGUCCUGAGGAAGUUCUUCCAAAGACCACUAAACAACCGCAGAAGAAGAAAGAUGAAAGUAGUGAUUCUGAUCAGUCCACUACAUCCGACGUUGACUUGAAAACCCUCAAGUUACGUCAGAAAAAUAAAAAAUUCUCUAAAACUAAGUCAAUGAUGAAAACUGAGGAAACCUUCAGCGAUUCCGAUGAAGAACCACUGUCGAAACUAACGCAGAAAAGUGCAGAAGGAAGUCAAUCAUCCGCCGCUAGAAAAAUCAAAUCUAAAAAAGAACUUAAAGGAUUAAAAAUACCUUUUCUCAAAAAAAGUGUUAUUGAACAGCUGGCCGUAGAUGUCGAGCCUAAAGUAAAGCCUAAAAGAGAAUGUGCAAAGAUCCCACAAAAUUAUCUACCCAUGUUUUCCUCUUCUUCCGACGAAGAGUACUUCCAGGGCUUCAGUAAACAACCGGAAGAAAGUUGCAACAAAGUUGUUCCGAAAACUCAGGAACCAACCUGCGCCCACUUAACAACUUCAUCCGAUUUACUUAGCAAAGACGUAAGUAGACGCUUUGGCAAAGGUAAAGUGAACAUGUCAAACGAGCAAAUCGAGAAGUGGCUCAAAGAAUCUGCAAUGGCUGGUAGCAGCGUCAAGCGUGAAAAUGACGAAAUGCCAAAAUUCGGUGAAAUAAUACCCACCGACACAACUCUGGAAUCCACCGAGUUCAUUGACACCCAAAAGCUCAAGUCUUCUCUAUUACCCACUGUGAGCGAUUCCAAGGUUGAAACCAAAGCCAGUGACGCAAGCUCUUGCGUUACUACUCCGGAGAAAGUUACUAAACCAGAUUCGUCCUGUAAGUUUCCUUUGGAUAGGAAGUUAAUUUUUAAAAAGGAUAAAAAGGGGUCCAUGCCGAAUGUCAAUGCUUUUUCACCCGAUAACGAAAGCAGUGUAUAUGCAUUCGGAGAGGACAACGAGCCUGUGAUGAGCACACCAUUUAGAAGACCAUCAAGGAGACCCUCAAGUACAGCCACUUCAAAGUCGGAAGAUGAAGCCGGAAAAAUGGAGGAUUUGAUGAAAGCAGGAACAUUCCGCAAGCCUUCUGUCAAGCAGGACGUUGAAACUUCCCAAGCAGAGAGCGAUGACCAUUUCAACAUUCCUCAGAAUCCAACAAAACACGUCAAACAACAGAAGGACGCAGCCAAAGGCAAUGUGCGACCUAAGUCUGCGGAGAAAACCUUCCCGAAAAAUUCUCGCGCCUUGGAAAAACAUUUCGACCUAUUCGACGACGGUAAAUACAAAGUGCCCAGCUCUCCAAGUGCCAGUUCCUCAUCCAGCGCCAAACUAUACAAACGGCCUGCCAACAAGCCUAAAACCCGGUCGGAAAUCUGCAAUCCGGUCCAUGUGACUGAGUUUCCGAAAUCUGCCACCCCAGGUCAACUAGUCGAAGCGCCCGUGUUUCAUCCAACAGAACAGGAAUUCCAGGAUCCGAUCGAGUAUAUCGAGCGUAUCAGACACAAGGCGGAGCAGUUCGGAAUAUGUCGGAUUGUGCCGCCCAGCAGCUUCAAGCCCGAAUGCAAGGUUCAGGAUGACAUGCGCUUCACGGCUUACAACCAGUAUGUGCAUAAGAUGUUACACAGAUGGGGGCCCAAUUUCAAGGAACUGAUGGCCAUUAAGAAAUAUUUGGCCACCCAGAACAUCACACUAACGCAGCCUCCAUGGAUUGGUGGGAUGGAAAUAGAUUUGCCACGCUUGUACCAAACAGUUCAGACGUUGGGCGGUUUGAAAGAAGUGAUAGAGAAAAAGAAAUGGCCAAAAGUUUCUGAGCUUAUGAAGAUCCCUAAGUCCACCCAAGAUAGACUGACUAAAUUAGAUGAUAUUUACUGCAAAUAUCUUUUACCAUAUGACACAUUAUCGCCAGCUGAAAGAGAGAAACUAUUCGAUGAAGUAGAGACUGACUGGGCGAAGAGAGAAUCUAAAGGUUUAUUACGAGCCCAAGGUGUCGAAAAUCAAAACCAAAACGAAUCUGGCGAGUCGGACGUCGAUGAUUAUGAAGCCGAAGACUGCAUCGUCAAAGGUCGAACCAUUGCUCUGAACGCUUUCUAUCGCAUAGCCCGCAACACCAUGAGCAUGCAUUUCAAAAAUUCCGAUCCAUCAGCAGAUGAAGUUGAGCAAGAAUUUUGGAAACAUGUUACUGUAAGGCAAAAUCAUAUAUGUGUUCAUUCUGGAUCCAUAGAUUCUGGAAACUGGGGAUAUGGAUUUGCAGUUUCUAAGAAUAGCCCGUUUGCCCGACACGCCUGGAAUUUGAAAGUGUUUACAAAUAACAGCGGUUCAGUUCUGCGAUCUCUAGGACCCAUGAUGGGAGUUACCGUUCCAACACUUCACGUGGGAAUGGUAUUUAGCGCCUGCUGCUGGUACCGAGACCCUCACGGCCUACCGUGGAUUGAGUACCUGCAUACGGGCGGCAACAAAAUUUGGUAUGGCAUACCAAACUCUGAGAGCGACAAAUUUCAUACCGCCGUGAAAAAACUGAUGCCAAACUACUGCCGAAACAAAGCUGUAUGGUUGACAUCAGACACAGCGAUGAUUCCUCCCAGCUUACUAAUGAUGAAUGGAGUGUCUUUGUGUAGGACAGUACAGGAACCGGGACAGUUUAUUGUCGUCUUCCCCAAAGCAUUCACAUCGAGUAUCAGUACAGGGUAUGUGGUGUCCGAAAGUGUAUACUUUGCCCCACCAAACUGGCUGCGAACUGCACGGAGUCUCUUCGAUGAAUUACGAGGCAGCUGUGAGCCGUCCAUGUUCUCACUGGACCGUCUGUUAUUAAGCAUUGCUUCUGAUACCAGAUCAAGCGUAGAAGUUUUACGUCUGAUAGUACCGUACGUGAACGAGUUGCGAGAUAGAGAAAUAGAAAAGAGGCGCCAACUAGCAACAUACGGGAUAGAGGAAAAAGAACGAAUGCCGUUACCUGAAGCUCCCAACGCACGCAAGCGGAAGAAGCUUCAAGGUGAAGAAGGAGAUUACGAGUGCGAAACUUGUAGGAUGAAUCUCUUUGUUUCUAUGGUGUUUGAUACAUUUGGAAAUGCAACAUAUUGCAUUGAUCACGCGUUGGAAUUACUGGAAAGCAAGAAAAUUGAUCCACAAAAGUGCAAGUUCAUGUUCACCUACGAUGACGAUGAGUUAGAAGGGCUCAUGAAUAAAAUCGACAACAGUAUAGAGGCGAAGAUGCAGAAAAAAGUCCCAAAUAAAUAUGCUGGGAUGCCAACCCUUUUGACUAAAUAGAUGUUUGAUGUUUCCCUUACUGUCGUUUUACUGACAGUAUAUAAGGAUUCCGGAGAUUUAUCCGUACACUGUUUAUGUCCAAUAGCUCUCCAUUAAGCUUUGAUGUUCCCCAAAAAUUGCUUUUGCUGUGGAAAAAUUUUAAUUCACUUCUAAAAAAAUCUGAAACAAAAUGGCUGUAGAUUUCUCUGAAAUGAUAUUUUUAGAAUAGAGUAUUUAUUCGCUAUUAUCAUUAAAUGUAUAUAAAUGUAACUGAAGUUUUAUUUUUAAUUAUGGAAUAAAGAAAACUGAUAAUAAAAAUACCGUUCUUAUAAAAAAGUACAUUUAAUCAAUAAGUACAUAUAAGUAUAUAUACAUUAAUUAUUGCCAACAAAAAAUCAUUUACAUUUCAAAAUGAGUUAAAAACCAUUUUAAAUUGUCUUUAAUUCUUUAUCACAAUAACAAAGCCAAAUCAGUCGAACGGAACACAAAAAGCAAAAAUUACACAAUGGUAACUAUAAUAAACGAUUUUAAUUAUAUAUUCUAAAACUAUAAAAAGUCACAAGCCUUGCAUUGCUUUAAAUGUGUUGGGCAAGAAGUAUUUAGUCUGAAAAUAGUCUCUGUAGUGCAGAUUAUUAAAUAAAUAAUAAUUGGAGGUAAAGUACCUGAAUUGACGUUCAAAUAUUUUACUAAAAUUAAAAUAACAAAUGAUUAAGUUACAUUAAGUACAGUUGCUUAAGGAACAUGACAUGGCAAUACAAAUAUUAUUACACCCACAUCAAGGAAUGAUUGAUUAUAAAUAAAUAAAGAAAAUCAUGAUUAAAAUGGUACAUAAAAGUAGUAUUUAAUCUAUUAAAUAUCUUGAAAUUAUGUGCACAUUUUAGAAACUUACAAUUAUUUUAAUAGUCAAAAUUCUUUUAAUAAAAUACUAUAUUUUCCACUUACAUUUAAUUGAAAGAACUUUGAUUAUUAUUAUCCAAAUACUCAUAGAAAGUUAGAGAAAGGAUUGCAGUAUUAGAUACAGUACAAAUAUUUAAAAUAUAAAAAAUACACAUAAAUAUGUAUCCAUUUAUGCUUACAAGACUAGUUUCAUUGCAUGAAAGGCAAUGAAUAAAAUCUAAAUGCACAUAAGUAAACAGAUCAAUUAUAUCAUCAUUUUCAAGUCUUCUAGAAUUGGUCUUUUUUCUUAAGUAGUGAUGUCAGAUGUUGAUCUGCCGUUUUCUUUCAGUGAUUUCGUUACACCGGUCAAAUUCUUCUAUACUUUGUUUAUUAAAUUAGAAUUACGUGAUUUGAGCAAGUCAUUUAUAUCAUAUUGAUUUUAAAAAUGUUUAGAAAUGUAUUGAAUCGACUGA